UGGUCCUACCUGGGCCGUCUGGGAGGUAUACAGCCAGUCUCCCUGCAGAAAAAUGGUUGUGUGUACUAUAACAUGGUGCAGCACGAGACUCUCCAUGCUCUUGGCUUCCACCAUGAGCAUGUUCGCUCUGACAGAGACUCGUACAUCAACAUCAACUCGCAGAACAUUCAGCCAGGAACGGAAGGAAACUUCGUGAAGAUUGCGACUAACAACCUGGGUACUCCCUACGACUUCUACUCUGUCCUGCACGUCAACAACUAUUACUUCUCCAGAAACGGGUACCCAACCCUCACCGCCAAGAGCAAUCCUAACGCUCUGCUUGGGUUUGCAACACAGAUGAGUUACUAUGACAUUGCCCGUGUCAACAGGCUUUACCA